AUACUGUACAUACAUGCGCUCAUGAUGCAGACCCUCAAUCCCUUGCGAAACGGUGGCUGGAGCUGCAGGGCAUUCACCCCAUCGGCGACGGAUUUGCAGCCUCAACUCAGGAACGCUGCGACGAGUGUUUUGCUUCAGCGCACAUCAUGUAGAAAGCUAAUGAUUAGCACGAGGUGUCGGUAUCAGGAUCCAUCGGCUCCAGCGGUACCAACCACCCCAACCGCCCUCACCCUCGCUGAAUCCGUUGAGCGGUUGGCUGUGACGCCGGUAUUCCGCUCCACCCCCUGGGAGGCGGAGCGCCUGCAGCAGCAGCAGGACAAACCGCAGGCCUGCCUGCUGAUCGUGAGCGAGAGCGACGUGUGCCGCUCCGUGCUCGCGGCCGCUUGCCUGAGGCAGCUGUUGGAGCAGGAGGAGGAGCAGGGCGGGACACUGGCGGGCAGGGUGGUGCUGGACACAUGCGGCACCCGCCCUUACAACCUGGGUGAGGGACCCGAGCCGGCCGCCGCCGCAGCAGCAGCAGCGCUGGGCCUCCAACUGCCACCCAACCACGCCGCCAGCCUCUUCGAUCCAGCCCAUCAUCUAGUGUCGUACGAUUUGAUCUUGGUCAUGGAUAAGUUUACAGCUGGAGAUGUGAUGCGAGAGGUGUCCUCAUUCGAGCUGGUAAACCGCAACACUCAGUUUUCUCAUAAGGUACGGCGCUUGGGUGAAUUCCUGUCGCCGGCGGCGGCGGCUGCAGCUGCGGCGGAUGAAGCGACCCAUGGGUCGUUCGGGUCGUCGGCGUCUUCUUCAUACGGCGGCGAAGGAGAUGUGCACGACAUUGACGAUCCGCUGUACGGCAAUGUUGGCGGAGAAGAAGAGGAGCGGGCGGUGUUGCGAGCUGCCCGGACCAUCCAGGACUCGUGCCGGGGUCUGUUGGCCUUUCUGCGGGAGGUGCAGGAGGAGUCGCAGCAGCAACAGCAGCAGCAGCAGGCUGAGGAGGCGGAGGAGGAGGCCGCGGAGGAGGAGGUGGCAUGUGAGUUGCCGCUGCCCGGCCAGGCGCCCGUUUGCACCUCCCUCGCCGCCACCUCAGACACAGACACCGAAACAGACAC